AGGUCAGUAACUAUGAGUGGUAAAUUGUUAAAAACUCUAAUCCUUGGCGCACCCGCUUCAGGCAAGGGCACCAUAUCGUCUCGGAUAGUGAAGAAAUAUGCUGUGGCACACGUGUCCAGUGGGGACAAGCUGAGGGACCACAUUGAGAAACAAACUGACCUAGGUAAAGAAGUGAAAAAGUACUUGAAUGAAGGGAAACUUGUACCUGAUGAUGUCAUGAUAAAGUUUAUGAUCACAGAAUUAAAAAAAGUUGAAGAUAAACCAUGGCUACUGGAUGGAUUCCCGAGGACUGUGGGACAGGCUGAUGCUUUGUGGAAGGUACAACCUGUUGAUGUAGUAGUUAACUUAGUAGUGCCUUUUGAGGUAAUCAUAGACAGAGUGAAGAACCGCUGGGUGCACUUGCCUUCAGGCCGAGUGUAUAACAUUGGCUUCAACACUCCUAAAGUGGAAGGUAAGGAUGAUGAGACAGGUGAGGACUUGGUUCAGAGACCUGAUGACAAGCCAGAAGCUGUGCGCAAGCGGCUGGAGAUCUAUGAGAGUGUGACGAGGCCAGUCAUAGAGUUCUACAAAGCUAAAGGUAUUCUAAAAGAGUUUGAAGGUCGCACUUCUGAUGAGAUUUGGCCAAAAGUUACAGCUUAUUUAGAUCCUAUUUUUAAGAAGUAAACCUGUAUAUUUAUUUAUUAUAGCUAGUUAGAAGUAGGCAGCUGUAGUAUAGUUAUGCAGAAAUGAAUUGUACUGGUGCUUGGAACAAUAGUAUUAAGAGUAACAAUCAGUAAUGACUUACUCUAUUUUAUAGAAUUUUUAUAAUUGUUAUUUGCAAAACAGAGCCAUUAUAUCAGUUGAAUUGUUGAUAUAUAUAACUUUAUUUAUCAGGAGUUUGUGUGUAUAUACUUAAGUGUAGUUACAUAAUAUUUUGUAUGCUUAUUUUUAUUGUGAAAUCAAAACAUAUCUGUUUAAAUACUAAGGCCAUUUAUACUCAGGCUGAAUAUUAAUUGUGCAAUGUAUAAAUACAUUUGAAUGAAAAGACAAGCAUAGACAUAGACAUAUAUGUAUACUAGGUAUCUAUGUACAUAAUAAUAGAGUGUAUAGAACAUUGGUUACUUCCUAGUCUUCCAUGUUGAUAUUGUACUUAUGUUGUAGUGUAGUUACUGAGUAUAUUUUAGAAUAAUUAGUGCCUUAACAAAGGCUCAGAGUACCUAUAUUAAUAUUAAGUAAUGUAAAUUUUAAUCAAGUUCCUUAUUUUCUAUUCACAAAAUGAAUUCGCCUACAAGAGCUCAAAUGAUCAUAGUUAACUAAUUAUACUUUAUUAUAUACUUUUCUUACUUUAAAAAUACAUAUACAUAGUUAAGUAGUUUUGUUAAUAUAUUUUACACUUGUUUGUUGAGUUUUAUAUUAUUGUUUAAUGUUUAAUCAAUUAAUAAACGUUAGUUAUUUA